AUGCGGCGACUGAGAGACGCUUGUCUCGUCUACCCCGUGCUCGGGCCAAGCCUGAGGCGGAUGUGGCAGCACCUCUCGGUGUCAUCUCGAAAUCGAGCGUGCGGACAAGUAGUGUAUGGACUGGCAUUUCUUCACAAGCAAGGAAUUUGUCAUGGAGGUAGGCCACUUUUCGAGCCCCCUCCCCACCCCCACUCCAAAAUCUCGACACGGAGCGAGACUCAAAUAUCCGACUUUUUCGGCCCUGUGAAAACAGCAGACCUUCGGCUGCACAAUGGCUUGGCCACAGAACACGGCCCUGACCAAGUCGUCCAAGCCCUCGAGGCGUUGCUCGGACAUGUUCGUAUCAUUGACUUCGGUCAAAGUUUCGGCGCCGACAAGCCGCCUACGGGACUGGGUAUUCUAAUAUCUUACUUUCCCGCCGAACUCUGCUUCAGCUACGCCCCGCCCAAAGCGACCGGCGUGUGGGCACUGGCGUGCUGCAUUUUUGAAGUCUAGGCGCGGCGUCUACUCGUCAUCCUGGGGUUCGAGAGCUUCGAGGCGCUGCUCAGCACGCUGCGGUUUACUCUCGGCACGCUGCGUCGGCGUGGACGACGGGGUACUCUGCCGACUAGGCCUGCGAGAACUUCGAGGGCUGGGCGAACCCGGAGAAGCUG